AUGUCGCUCUCCCAUUCCCGUUCGCGCGACCCCUCAACGCACGAACCACCCCUCCAACACCUUGCUCCAGUCUUUGCCGAACUCGCCGACAGUCUCAGUGAUUUGGCCGGGAACCUGCGCGAGUUGGACAAGAGCAACGACCAUUUGGAUGGUUUCAACACCGCGUUCGCGAGCUAUCUCUAUGGGCUAAGGAUCACGGCAUACACCGCCGAUUUCAACGAGGUCGGUCGUCGGUCCCGGCGAUGAUGGGCUGAAGAUUCUGAGCUAUUGUCUCAGAAAUUGAUCCCCUCUGCUUUCUCUUCAUUUCAGGCUCCCGCACUCGACAGCUUCAAGCAAGCCGAGGAGCGGCGACCCCCAUCCCCUCAACCGCAUCCGGACUACUCUUCUCCGCCUCAAUCACCCCAUACGAAUCAUGAUCAACAGGACGACACUUUUAUCACCAACGCGAGUCAACACUCAUUCGUUGAUCAGAACCCGGCCAAGAUCUCGGGUCGAGGAGGGAGGGGAGGAGCGACUUCGACGAAGGGGUCUACACGAGGUGGUGCAAGGGUCGGUGGAGGCAGGACGAUGACCAAGAAACAGAGGGAGGAGAUGAAUGUGAGCUGGUGCCAGAUUUAGAUCGAUUCCCAACCGAUCCCGAGGAAGAAGCACGCACGGAAAGCAGCUCACGUGAUUCUUUCCAUUCCAUCCCACCCCAGGCCUUUGCAGACCUCUUGAUCCAAUCCUUGCCGCUCAAAUACCGCGAACAACAACCUUUAAGGGGGGAGACGGAGAAGGUCAUUCAUGCUUUGAGGGAAUAUCCAAAUGGGUUGUCGAGUCAGUUUGCAAAUUUUCGGCUCCGGAGCGCCCUGUCAUCUCCUCGAGAGGAGGCCUCAGGCUGGGACUGCACAAGACUACAGAAGCAUCGAAGCUGACCGUACUCUUCCAAUCACCUUUCACAGUGGUGGAAGCGCAAAGAACGACGGGAGUGGCGACCCAUCGCGUGAACGACGCCAUGACCGCGCUCGUCCGGGUCAAGUUCGUGGUCAAGGUGCAUCAGCAGGUACGACGAAGCAGGGCGCGGUCCUACGUUUCUGAGUGAGGAGACGGAAGAACGGUCUGUUCUGACCUCGUCCUCUCUCGUGUACAGGGAGCAACGGUAUUCCGACUGGACCCGAGCAAGUUCCCUUCCGCUGAGUGA